AUGGAUGAGAAAAGCAAGGAGAAAGAAGGCACUGACGAUGCCCCUAUUAGGCCAGUAUCAUCCCUUCUAUCCCAUUUCGAGGGCCUUGCGAACUCCAGACAGCCGUCGAACGGGCCUAGUGCGCCGCGUGAGAGCGCGCCUCGAUUUUUAAAACCGCGGGAUCAACCGGAUGCUUCGCAACCUGCUGCGCGUGCUUCGCUGGACCUGCCUCGCCCACGAUCUCCUUGGACUGCGACUGAGAACCAGCAAACGGGGACAUCAUCCGGGUCUUCCAAUGGAGCGCCCGUUGGGGCGACCCGGAAUGGGUCGUCAGGAGGACGAAGAUACUCUCGACCGAUGUCCAUGCAGAUUGGAUCUUCGCCGCAUCUGACCCCUGUUCUGACGGUGGACUCGCCUCGUUCCCCUCCUCGUGGAGUCGAUGUUCGACAGGGCGGUGAGCAUUGGUCUUCACUGAAUCGCGGAGCUUCGGAUGUCUCUCCCAAAUCUGCCUCAUGGCAGAGCCCGUCUCGUUCGUUUUCCCGUCCGAAGACACCGAACUCUCCGUCUGGCGGUUCCGUCGAUGCCCCUCGUCCAGCGAGGGAGGUCUCCCCGGUCGGGAAAGCAAAAAGCACCUCAGUUCCGCCGCCGGUUAACAGAGCAGAGAAACCAAAGAUACCGGCGAAGCCCGCAAACAUCUCCCAAUUGGAGGGAGGAGCGCUUGCAGCAACGCAUGAACGCAGCUCUUUCGAUGACAGAGUUUCUCCCUUCAGUACACCUCCGAGCAGCCCUGAAAGACCUCCGUCAGCCAGAGUUGAAAGCACGCGACCGGAAAAGUCACCAAAGCCUCCGAUACCUUCUCGACUGUCCCCCGAGCCUCUCUCUCUGCCGCCGCCUGCCGAGAAGUCUCCCCGUUUAGGCCAGUCGGUGCCACGAUCCGUGGAUGCGAGAGAGCCGGGAGUUGCAAGGCCACGGCCCGUUCCCGAGCCUUCCAGGGACACCAAACCGCCGAUCGGACCAGCUGCUCAACAUCGCGAUACUCGUGACCCUGCCUUGGCUAGCCAGAAGCUGGUGACCAGUGAUCAUCCCGAAGAUCGACCUAGUCUACCUCCUCGGGAUGGUCUCCGUGCACGCCCUGUCAGCGCGGUGGGUGUUUCGGAACCCAGGCAGCCUGAGAUCCCUUCCAGGAACUCAAUCGAUCUGCCAUCGCGAUCGGCCAAGCCCACUUCUGUGAACCGGGUUCCCCCAAUUGAGACGAAUCCGCAAUUUGCCCCUCCGCCUCGUAGGAACACAUCUUUCGUCAGUGGCAAGUUGGCUACCGACAACCCGCAGACGCCAAGAUCUCGUCAACCUCCAUUCUCACGCGACACAAAAUAUACCACCUCGAUGUCGUCGCAGCAAGCUCAAAGCCAAGGCCCAGAUGAUUCGGACGAGGAGGACGUGCCGGAAGAUACGCCGGUGCCUCGGACGGACUAUCCGGACUCUUCCCAGGUAAAUCGACGACCGCCGGUUUUCAAAACAGGGACCGUGUCCAUAGCGACGAGGUACGACACCCGCGAAUUUGAUGUCUGUGGGAAGCAUGUUUGUACCACAGGGUACUUGACGAGGGUAUGGGACGUCACGACUGGCGAACAGAUAUUGAGCCUAGGUCACGGAGAGACCGUCAAGGUGCUAUCGGUGGCGUUCAAGCCUGGCCGAGGUCUCGAAGACGAGGGCACGCGGCUGUGGCUGGGUACGAAUAUCGGAGAACUGCAUGAGGUCGAUAUCAACACGCAGUCGAUUGUCUCCUCGAGAUCAUACCCUUCACGCCGGGAAGUCAUCAAGGUACUUCGACACAAGAAGGAGAUGUGGACCCUUGAUGAUGAAGGAAGACUGCUCGUGUGGCCUCCUGACGAAACAGGCACGCCGAACCUCCAAUACAGUCCCUGCCAUACCCACGAUCGCGUAGCACGAGGUCACACAUUUUCCAUGGUGGUAGGUGAUGACCUAUGGCUCGCCACUGGCAAGGAGGUACGGAUUUAUCGACCGAAUGCGCGCGAUGAGUCCUUUCAUGCUUUGAAAAGACCAUUGGGCGCCAACCAUACCGGCGAAGUCACCUCAGGUACUCACACGACGAAAGAUGGAGGACGGGUGUAUUUAGGCCAUGCGGAUGGAAAGGUCACCGUUUAUUCCUCGUCUGACUACACUUGCCUGGCCUCUGUGAACGUGAGCGUGUACAAGAUCAACUCUCUGGCGAUGGUGGGGGAUUAUCUCUGGGCCGGAUAUAUGACUGGAAUGAUCUACGUCUAUGACAUUUCUACCAAUCCGUGGACUGUGAAGAAGGAUUGGCGUGCGCAUGAGAGCCCUGUCUGCGGUAUUAUCAUGGAUCCAAGUAGCGUGUGGACAAUAAAUCGUCUUCAAGUGACCUCUCUGGGGACGGAUAACUUUCUCCGUUUCUGGGAUGGCAUCACACAUAUUCCUAUUCAUUGUGGGGGUCACAUUGCUCACUUCAGGGCAGAAAUGAGGAUGCAGAGCAGGGACGUCGAAUAUUGCAAUUUCCGCGAGAUUCAAGCUUCCAUCGUGACGUGGAACGCGGGGGCUUCGGUGCCGCGUGAUUUGCACAACAGCCCUUUUAUCUACGAUGCGAUCCACCCUGAAAAUCCCCCCGAGAUAUUAGUCUUCGGAUUCCAAGAGCUGGUAGACCUGGAGAAUAAGAAGAUCACAGCUAAGAGCCUGCUCAUGGGAAGCAAGAAGCGGGACAAUCAUGAAAAAGAACAUAUGAGCCGGCAAUAUCGGGUGUGGAGAGACCACCUGGCUGCAUGUAUCAACGAUGCCAUGCCCAUUGACGAGCCAUAUGUACUCCUUCAUGCGGCGGACAUGGUGGGAUUGUUUACCUGUGUCUUCAUCAAACAGAAGGAACGACAAAGGGUACGAAACAUCAGCUCGGCCGAGGUGAAACGGGGUAUGGGUGGAUUACAUGGAAAUAAGGGUGCUUUGAUCCUUCGAUUCGUGCUUGAUGACAGCUCCUUGUGCUUCAUCAACUGUCAUUUGGCAGCUGGUCAAACACAGACGGCGCAUCGGAACAACGACAUUGCUGCCAUUCUCGAGAGCGAGUCGCUCCCUGCCGAGCAUAGCCUCACGGCGCGCACCGAUCUUUUCGUAGGGGGCGGUGAUGGGACGAUGAUCUUGGACCACGAGAUCUGCAUUCUGAAUGGAGAUCUCAACUAUCGGAUCGACUCGAUGCCUCGCAAUGUCGUCAUUGAAGCGGUUCGCCAGAAUAACCUCCCGAAGCUGCUGGAAAGGGAUCAGCUGUUGGCGUCCAAGCGGAAGAAUCCCGGUUUCCGUCUGCGCUCAUUCAACGAGGCACCCAUCACCUUCGCACCGACGUACAAGUAUGAUGUUGGCUCGGACGAGUACGACUCGAGCGAAAAGAAGCGGUCGCCGGCCUGGUGCGAUCGGGUGCUGUAUCGGGGCGUGGGAAGGAUCAAGCAGCUGGAGUAUCGGCGGCAUGAAGUGCGGGCGUCAGACCAUCGCCCGGUGAGUGCUCUGUUCAAGAUGCGAGUCAAGACGAUAUCUCCCAAGGAGCGAGCAGCGACCUGGGAGGCGUGCCAGAAGGAAUUUGCGAAGGAGAGACGAAGAUUGGCUUGUGAUACGAGUAUCGAAUACCUCGUCAACGUCCUCGGGAUAAAACCCGACGAGGCUCGAAAACUCAUCACUUCUGGCGGCAAAUAA